CUGCCAUCAUGAAGGGGAGCAGCGCCCUCCUGCUAGUGGCCCUCAGUGUUCUCUGUGUCCGUGGGCUGGCCACAGAGGACAACAGUGAAUUCUUCAUGGAGUUCCUGCAAACACUGCUUGUUGGAAGCCCAGAGGAGCUCUACGAGGGGCCGCUGAGCAAGUACAAUGUCAACCAGGGUGCCAAGGAGGCACUGACAGAGCUCAAGUCCUGCAUUGAUGGUCUGCAGCCCAUGCACAAGGCGGAUCUGGUCGAGUUGCUGGAACAAGUGCUGGGCAAUGAAGACGAUGCCUGAGUGGACAUCCGAUAUGGACCCCAACAGCACAGG